AUGUCAUCGACGGAAGGCCCGCUCUUCAGCUCUGAGCUCAUCUCCCCCGAAGUCCUCAAAGCACUCCCAGAGGGCUACAGCUGUCGACCGCUCGAGAGGAAAGACUACCACAAUGGCUUCCUGGAUGUACUCAGGGUGCUCACCACGGUGGGAGACAUAACUGAGGAGCAAUGGAACGAACGUUACGACUGGAUGAAGACUCGCAACGACGAAUACUACCUUCUCUGCAUCACCAACUCAUCCAAUGCCAUUGUCGGCACUGGUGCCCUCAUCGUCGAGCGCAAGUUCAUCCAUCAGCUCGGCCUUGUCGGACACAUUGAGGAUAUUGCCGUGGCCAAAGACCAGCAGGGCAAGAAGCUCGGACUGAGGAUUAUCCAGGCGCUCGACUUUGUUGCAGAAAAGGUGGGCUGCUACAAGACUAUUCUGGAUUGUUCAGAAGCAAAUGAAGGAUUCUACGUCAAUCACUCCAAACCAAGAGAUAGAUCAACCAGAAUGGGUCGAGACGAACAAACAAGGAGUCACAGAAACGAAUCAUCCAUUACCGAGGCACAAGAUAAUCGUUCCGGGGUGGAAGAAGCGCAACCGGUAACGAAAGUCGAGAACCGAGAACUUACAAAUGACAAGUUCUCACCUUACGACGUAUCCAGUGCACCCAAAGUUUCUAGUGGCCUUCCAUCCGAGAUAUGGGCUAUCGUACAGUCUGCGCCAGCAAAUAUUGCGCCUCAGUAUUUCCUCGAGGUCAGUCGCGAUUUGCUUCAGAAUCCGAACCGGACUUCAACGCAUUUGGCACGCGCAGAGCUCUCGUAUCAAAGUUUCACAGACGCUACGUUCAACCCCAAAGCCAGUACUUCAGAGGAUCUCGCAAGCAUUGUCAAGCACCUGCGACCAGAAUGCCGACCGCAACUGAUCGAUGGAGGCAUAGAAGGGUACGAGCUAGAGUACACAGUUGUGCGGAAACUCAUACCCCGGAAUCCGAAGUUGGAUGACUCGUUGAUGCAAACCUGUCACAUGUUUGUGUCGCAUCAGGACGUGAACAUCAUCGGUCCAGAUGGAGCUGAGGACAUUGUAAAAGCAGAGCGGUACAUGAUGGUAUACAUCCCUCACGCUGCCACAUCGGAAGCUAUCCCCUAUUACCAUCCUAAAGUUCGUUCUUUAGCAAUGCUAUAUACCCACUUCCCAACUUCCUCUCACUCACCGCCUACAUCCCUGAUCAAUGCAUCUGGGCAUCUGUCUAUUCAUUACUCUUUCUUCCCGGACCUUCUGAUCGACAAUCGUCUCUCCCGCACGGCUCUUAAGCUUCUGGAAGUCAUACACAAACACUCACGCGGUCGGCAGGCUGGGUAUACGAAACGUGUUCAUCACGACCAAAUAAUUGGACAGAAAAGAUUCCAAGAUACAUAUGCGUACUUAAAGGGCAGAUAUGCGAAAGAUUUGAUCGAGGGAUGGGUGGAGCAGACACCCGCCGAAAAACAUGUCUUUGAGGAUCUAGGCAUUGCAGCGUUUCUGAUGGAGCUUUGGGGAGACAUGUACAGCUCCAAGAACGGUACACACGAGCAAGAUGACGGAGAUGAGCAGGUGGAGCAGAAAAGGCAAAUAGCACAGGCCAACUUUCCGGGCUUUGUAGAUAUCGGAUGUGGAAACGGUCUUCUCGUCCACAUUCUCAACGCCGAAGGCUGGCAUGGUUGGGGCUUUGACGCCCGUCGCAGAAAGACAUGGGAUACAUUCCCAUCAGAACACGCCCAAAAGCUGAAAGAGAUGCUUCUGGUACCGGAGAUUGUUCAGCCAUAUUCUUCAACCUCGACUGAUCCCCCAACGCCACACCACAACGGUGUCUUCCCAUCCGGCACCUUCAUCAUCAGUAAUCACGCCGAUGAAUUGACACCCUGGACGCCGUUGCUAGCCCGACUAAACUCUUCGCCUUUCAUCGCCAUACCUUGUUGUUCGCACGACUUUGGUGGCACGAGAUUUCGCUCGCCGGCGCACGCCAAAUAUAUCAUCGCUGAUCCAGCCACAGCAGCGUCGAAGAAGCUCAAGCAGCCUUCUGCAUACGCUAGUCUGUGUAGUUGGGUGUGUCAUCUGACCGAGGAGACGGGGUAUCUUGUCGAAAAAGAACAUUUGAGGAUUCCGAGUACGAGGAAUAUGGCUGUGCUGGGGAAGAAGUCGCUCAAAGGAGACGAAGGUGGGAAUAGCCACAAAAAUAUGGAGGAGAAACUGGCAUCCUUGCGGAGUUUGGUAGAACGAGAAAUGGGCGGGCAGACUAUCGAGUACAUUUGCGCCGUGUGGAUGAAGAGUGGCGAUGGGCUGAUGAAGACUGCGAAAGGCGGGCAUUGA